UUGACAAGUGUUGGCUGGAUCUAAUGAACUCUGAACUGCUUUUUCGCGCGCUGUAUUUGUAUUUCGCGGAUAACAUCUUAUCUGGAUAUUUGUAAGGUUUUACUUAUAUACCACCUCUUUUGACCCUGGACGUUUAGCCUACAAUGAUCGGUAUGUCCAACCCAAAGACGCGUAAGCGAAAGAUUGUCAACUCACCCUUGAGACUGUUUGAUAUGUCACCGAAACGCAAGUCAGCAAGGUCAAGCAUUGAUGAGGAAGCUACUAAAUUGAUAAAGCCAAAAGUUAAUAAAAGCUUAUCACCUGAAUUGCAUCUUGGUUCAAAGAGAAAAGAAUCAGAUUCAGCAUCUUCUAAUGAAGAAUUAACUUCACCUUUUGGCACCCAGUCAUUCUACAAUAAAGAUUCCAGUUGUAAGUACCUGUCACCCCUUGAACGCAAAACACGCAGAGAUGUACUUGAUAGCAUCGGCAUCAAAAGCCCAGACCAACUGCAGCAGGAAGCAUGUAAUGUGUCGGUUACUAACCAAUCAAAGAAACAUUUCAAACAGAAGGCCAAGAAACAUCCAGUAAAAAAGCAGACAGGUGGAGCUAAGGCAAAAGGAGCAAGCAAACUUCAAAAGUUUUUCAGUUCUACAAACUAUCCAAAGGAAGAAAAAGCUGAAAAAAAUGAAAAAGUGCAUGAUGAAAAAAUUAUGAAAAGACAGUCACCAACCAAAUGUGGUUCCGUUAGACAUUCACCUCGUAAAACUUCCAAUCAGACACAAUCCUCUCAUAAGGAACUCCAAAACAAGUCAGCACAAAAUACUCCAGUUGAACUGUCUCCAAAUAAAGAGACCUCAGAACAGGGGACAUUAGAUCAGUCAUCAGGAAGAAAUACCCCACGGAAAGGACAUGUCUUUCACAAAGGAACUCCAACAAAAGGGCAUGUUUACCACAAAGGAACGCCAAAAUCAUCCAAAAAAUACCAAGUCAGAUCUAAUGGAAAAAGUGCUCGGAAAGGGAUCCAUAUGUAUGUGAUGGAUUUGAAUAAAGGGAAGAGAAAUCAGAAAGGAAAAGCUGCUAAAGCAUUAGAAAAAAUGAUGAAAGCAGAUAAGAAAAAAUGCCAUUCACAAGACUCUUCUGUAAAGCGAUCUUUAAGUAAUUUUGAAGAGGAAUUGAAAAUAGAGGGCAUUGAACCACUCGAUUCAAGUUUUAAACCAAAAACACCAAAAAAAGGUGGUAAUGUUUCACCUCGCAGCUCGCCACGCAGGUCACCAAGGAAGUGUUAUUUAGAAAGCCCAAAGAAAACUCAGAAGAUUGACCAGACACAAGAAAAUAAAAUCUUAGAAACACCAGAAAGCUUAUCACAUGGAUCUCAAAGUCCCACAAACGCUCAACUGAUCAGUGAUGUCAUACCUAAGAAAGUGCCUGUGAAGUUGUUUCCAGUAUUCACCCCUCCAACAAGCCCAUCAAGUGGUUCAGCAACACCAGUACAGUCGAAAGCAUCUAAAGGCUCUCCUACUACAAUCACCCCAAGGACUGCCAGAAAAGCUAGCAAAGGCUCACCCACUAGUAACCCAAGAACACCUAGCAGAAUAUCCAGCAGGCAUUUGAUUCCAAGGUUGAAGGAUAAACGAGGCCUGGAACAAAUGACUUUGGAUGCCGGUCAAAAACAGUUUGGAGCAUUAAAAUGUCAGACAUGUGGAAUGGUGUACACAGCAGGACAUCCAGAAGAUGAGGCAGAUCAUGCACAAUUCCAUAAGAAGUUUUUAUCAUUCAUCAAGUUUCCUGGCUGGAAGAAUGAACAUAUUCUUGAGGAAUUCGAUGACGGAAGGAUCAUACAAAUCACAGAAAAAGACCCAAAAUAUUGCAAGAAGAAGGUUGAAGAGGUUCGAGAAUUAGUUGAUCAUGAACUUGGCUUCCCUGAUGGCGGUGCUGCCUGUAAGCCAUCAUCAACGACACUGCUAUUCAUUUCCUUGGAAAACAAGGUGGCAGGUUGCCUUAUUGCUGAGGAAAUCAAAGAGGGUUAUCGUGUAAUUCCUGAUAACACUCAGCAAGAUCAUGUUAUGAGUGCUGGUGAAAAUAAUAUUGAACAAAUAGCAGAUGAAAAGCAGAAAGCCUGGUGUUGCAGUAAUGUUUCAGAACCAGUAGUCUGUGGUGUCAGUCGAAUUUGGGCAACUGGCCAAAUGCGCCGCAGGAACAUUGCAAGCAGAAUGGUUGAUUGUUUAAGAAUGAACUACAUCUUUGGAACAACUCUUGGCAAGGAAGAUAUUGCCUUUUCAGAUCCAACUCCCGAUGGUAAAGUCUUCGCUGAUCUGCGUCGGGGGCACUCACUAAGUAAAUUAUUAAACAUGUUUAUAAAUUCUUGUAAUGACUUGAAACCUGUAUCCGAUAAUAAAAAGUAUUGUGUUGCAUUGUACGACUGUCUUAGUUGGCCUUAA